AUGGCGGCCCGCACGUGGUUGAGUUGUGGCAGAAAAAUGGGGUCCAUCUGGACAGGGAAUGUCUUUGCUCUCUUUAAUCCGCAAAAGUAUUCGAGCAGUGUUGUCCAAACGCAAAAUUACGUCGAAAGGUUCCUUCUUCUGGGCCAUAGGAGUUUGGCAAGUGAUUCUAAUCUAGACGUGGAAACAGAUCGAACUGCAGAUCGAAGUGUUACAAACAAGAACGACUUAAAAAGUAACUCAAAGAAUAAAGGUUUGCCACAAACAAGGCUACUUAAAGUGGCGAUUAUAGGAGAGGCAAAUAGUGGAAAAUCGACGUUAACAAAUUGUUUAAUUGGGGACAAGAUCUCUGCGGUUACAGCAGUCCCUCAUACCACACGUAGGCAGACAACUGGGGUGUUCGUACUCGGCGAUGCUCAAAUAGUACUGCUAGAUACACCUGGAAUUGUAAACAUCCCAACGGCCAGACGGUUGAAAAUGACCCGUGAGCACAUGCGAGCUCCAAGUGAUGCGCUGCAUGACGCUGAUGUUAUAGCUGUUUUAAUUGAUGCUGCUGAUAGGAAAAGGAGUAUGGUAAUUCCCGAAACAAUUCUAACCAACUUGGAGAAUCACACAGACUUGCCGUCAGUUCUGAUCUUAAACAAGAUCGAUGUUGUCAAAGUAAAGACCAGAUUACUUGAUAUAGCCACAGUCUUGGUGCAUGACCGUGAAAAGGAUGAAUGGGGUUACAAAGACGAGGGUGGGUGGAGUGGGUUUGAGCAUGUAUUCAUGAUCUCGGCUAGAACUGGAGAUGGGAUCGAUGAUCUCAAGAAAUAUUUCGCUGUUAAAGCAAAGCCUGCCGAUUGGCUUUUUCCUGCUGAUACAUCCACAGACCAGAACUUUGAACAGAUAAUGCAUGAAAUUUUUAGAGAGAAAAUUUUGCAGUUGUAUGAACAUGAAAUACCAUGGCAGAUCAGGCAGGUAGGUUGUUAAUCUGGACCCUGUGGUCAUCUUUGCUUAUUAAAAAAUCGUGUGAUAGUUUUAUAAAAUAGAUAUCCUGCAAUUUACCAGCACUCCAAGAUGCUAUCAUUUAUGUUCCCAGGGCAAGUGAAGGGUAUGUAAUACUGCAGCCUGGUUAGCUCUGUUUUAGAGUGAUGGACUGUCAUGCAGGAGGUUGAGGGUUCAAAACCCAGCUUGGACAAACACUCAUGGUCAGUGCACUCUGGCCAGAGUCCUCUACAAAGUGUUGUAAAGUGCAUUAGAGCAUAUUUCUAUGGAGAAUGUGCUUUGAAAAUUUACCAUUAUCAUUCUCUUUUACAAAAAUUGCCAAUCUGACAACUUUUAUGUGAUAAUCAAGUAGCAAGUUCAGACAAUUUCUUGCAUAAAGUUUAUGGUCAAAAGUUGUAGUUUGAUAAAUGUUUACCAAAAAUAGUAUUUGAAAUUGCACAAAAUUUCCUUUUCCAUUUUUUUCAACGUUUAUUCUUUUUCUUUAUUUUUGGUUUUUGGUUUUGUUACUCAAUUUUUCUGGUGACCAUGUUAUAAUUUAACCCUUUAACUACCAAGAUCUGAUUCUAGCUACUACACAUUUCAGUAUUUUCUGUGACAUCAAGAGAACAACUUCGACCUGAUAAGUUGGAGUGGUCUCAUCACUUGUUUGCUGUAUUAUGUAUGGAUAUUAUAGGGAGAAGUUACAUAUUUAUCACUUCUGGGAGCUAAAGGUUCAAGGUGCUUGAUUGGUGAAUUAAAAAAAAAACUGGAACUUGGAGCCCUGUUCAUCCAUGAUUUACAUAACAUUUUUGUUUCAUAUCCCAUUGAUCUUGUCACUUUCAGGUGAAUGUAUUGUGCGAAGCCAGAGAGGGCCAUUGGAGAAUUCAUCACAAGCUAUACUGCUGCACAAAGAGCCAGCGGAGAUGUGUAAUGGAAAAAUUGGAACAGUUGAGACAAUUUGUUUUACCAGAUUUAGAAGAUGCUUUGGGUCAGCCUGUGGAAUUGACAGUAGAUGUUUCAUACAGUGCAAAAGUUGGCUUUCAGACACCUCUUCACAGUUACUGAAUAUGAUUUAUAUGAUUUAUAUAAAGCCAGUUUGAAUAACAUGUAAAAUAUAAUUUCAUCCACAGUUCAAUACUUGUUUAAAGGUCUGUGAAGAUGGCUUAUGAAUCCUUUCCAUUUUGAGAACAAUGUUAACCCCUUUGACUCCAAAGAGUGAUUAUCAUCUAAUUUCUCCUUACAAUAUCGUCUCUGAAUGACACAUUAUAGUCAUGAGAAUAAAGAUAAUGAUCACUUACUAAAGAAGCUCUUGAUUAUUAAACAAAUUCUCCUUGUCAGCACAUAAGGAAGAGUAAAGAGAACAGUAUGGAGAAUAUGCAUACUGAUGUUAGGGUGUAAAGUAUAGAUCAGUAUCAUGCAAAUAAACCAAAUCUCUUUUCUUGUACCCUAUAAUCUGCAGUAGUACUAAAUUCAGUCUGUUGUGUCGUCUAGACUCAGUCAAGUUACUCCUUUCAUUGCUAUUGCUCAACUGAAUUUUAUUAAAGAAUCAACAAGCUAUAUUCACAAUACAAUACUAGGAAUCAGUAAUACUACUUUUACAUAGGAAUGUACUUUUACAAUCAUGUACCGAUCGUGUCUUACAGGAUAUAGCGUGACUAUAGAAACGCUUAGGUAACGCAAUACACUUCACAGUCUAUAGAGCACCAUACCUUAAAACUGAAAAGAAAG